UAUUUGUUACGUAAAAAUUAAAUGUAAACUUUGGAUCCGCAGAUUUUGGCCAUCAAAAAUUUCAGUUUUUCUUUUAGCUUUUUUAAGUACUUUUUCAUAUAGUUCGGUAAACUUCAAACUUUUUGUCUGUUUGUAGAAAAUGGCCAAAUUUUCUCUAUUUCCCCUCGCACCAACCGCAGCUAAUCUGUCUAAUGAAUAUUUAACCUGGAUAAAUGGUAAGGUUGACGCGAAAGUUAACAAUGUUGAGGAUUUGUGUACAGGAGCAGUUUUCUGUCAACUUCUACAUCGUUUACACCCGUCAUCCAUCAACUUGAGAAAAGUGAUAUUCUACACAAAUCAAGAGUGUGAUUUCAUGAGCAAUUAUUUGUUACUACAACAGUCUCUCAACAGCUUAAAGGUCAAUAAAUCCAUUAACAUAACGAGAGUUAUACGUUAUCAGUUCAUGCCAAAUCUAAAAAUGCUGAUUUGGUUCAGAAAGUACUACGAUAGCAAUUACCAGCGGAGGACAGGAUUACCGUACAAUCCGAAAACGGAAAGAUUCCAUAAAACCAUUGGCUAUCGCACUCCAAUUGACAAACUACAGAUAGUAAUUGCUAAUUUUGAUCGCAUUCGUACCAAUCGAUUGAUAACGACAGUCGAAAAAAACAAGUUCACUCAAAAAUUGAAACAAAUCAAGGAACUUUGUAAGGGUUAUGAGAAUGAUGAGUUUGCCAUUAAGGUUAUGCAGGUCAUCAAAGCAAAGAAGGGCAAAGCAACUCCUAAGGAGGACGCAAAAAAAUCAUCAAAAAAAACGGAGUAAAAUCAUGGUGUGACGUGUGAAUGAAGGAUGGCGCUUUGACGUGUGUUCAUUUUAGUGUACAAUCAAAUUGCGUACACCAUGAGGGAAGCUACGAGGAAUGCAAGAAGAUGAGGCUGGAAGAAACCGAAACCCGAAACUAAUCAUUGAUAAUGCUAACCAAUAUCAGAUCCAAUAAAUUCCACAAUAUAUAUAUAUACCUAUU